CCGAGCAUUGAGAGAGGGGAAGGGGAGCCCCUGGGGACGGGGGUAGGAACCCCCACGUUGGGGUCAGCUGGGAGGCUCAGUGGAGGAGAGCCAGGCCUGGAGGCGGGAGGGCCUGGGCUCCGAUCUGGCCCCAGACACUUCAGGGCCGGGUGACCCUCGGUGGGUCCCUUCACCCCUGUGGCCCAGCCCGGCCUGCCCUGGAAGCCCCGCCCAGGCCUGACUAGACAGGAGAUGAGACCCUGCCGCAGCCCGGCAGAUGAGGCCGGCCUCAAGCCUCGUCCUAGUGAGGAGGAGCAGCCGGAGGGCUUCGAUUUAGAGAAGGAUUUUCCUAUGAAGGGCAGUUUAGAACACGGCCGCUUCGUGUCCGUUCCGACCGCAGCCCAGGCCUUGGCCGGGGUUUGACCGCUGCGGGGAGGGCCUCCUGCGGGCCUCCAGGGGCCCAUCUCGGGCCCCCCCGACGCCUAGUUCCCUGGGAGGACAGCCGGGAAAGGGUUAAUCCUAGCCUGACCCAGGCCGCUUCUCUGUGCUCGAGUUCUGGUCAGGCUGAGCCGUCAUUAAACUGUCUGAGAAGAUUAUUAAAGGGAUCCACCGCCAGGGCUGCUCAGACCAUCUCCCCCGCCAGCCACGUGAUGCUGCGGGAAUGGCAUGGCGCAGGGAGGAGGAGUGAGUCAGCUUUUCUUUCUUUUGAGAGCUGACAGCCGGCUCCCAAAGGACUGUGGGUCUAAUUAAGAAACCCUUGGCAAGCCCUGGUCCGAUUCUGUCAGGCCCUCCCUGUCUGUCUGUCUUUCCCUCUCCUCUCUCCCUCGCUCUCUCAUCCUCUCCCUCCCUCCUUUUCCCCCUCUCUGUCUCUCCCCCUCUUUCCUCCCUCCCUCUCUCGCUCUCUCAUCCUCUCCCUCCCAAUCUCUCUCCCUUUCUCUGCCUAUCCCCCCUCUCCUCCCUCCCCCCUCAUCUCCCCUCCCCCUCUCAGUUCCAAUGGCUCCCUAUCGUCUCUAGAAUAAAAUGGACCGACUCUGCUCUGCACUCAGAGCCUUUCUGGCCAUUGGAGGAUACACAGUGGUGCCCAGCGUGUGCCAGGCCCUGUGCCAAAUCCUGGGCAUUCCAAGAGAGAGUCCCUGCCCUCCGGGAGCUUACAGUGGACCUGGGGAGACCCAUCAAAAAAGGCCGAACAAGGAGUGGGGCUCAGGGUCUGGUGAAAUGCCGAGGAUUCGAUCUCAGCUGCUGGGGAAUUUUCCAGCCUGGAUCCAGCCUUGUCUCCAGGUUUAUCCCCAUGAACUCUUCUUCCAGGGCUCUGUGUUCCUGCCACAAUGGCGGAUUUGCGGUUCUGGGUACUGAACAUUCCCUCUCCAUCUCCCUCUCCCUGUGCCUCGACCUCCCUCCUCGACUUUGCCUGGUUUCCUUCAGAACCGAGCUCAGAGGCCACAUCCUCUAGGAAGCCUAAUCCCUCUCCCUAAGUGAUGACUCCUCCUGCAUCUUCUGUGACGUUUCUGUCUAGCUGUGCCCUCUCAUGCCAGCCACCUGAGGCCAGGCACAGGCUCAUUAAAAAACAACAACAAACCCUUGCGAUCUGCCUUAGUAAUAACUCUCAAGACAGAAGGGCAAGGCCUAAACAGUCAAGUGACUUACCCAGGGUCACACAGCGAGGAGUGUCUGAGGCUAGAUUUGAACCCAGGUCCUCCUGACUCCUACCUGCUCGUCUGACCCAGUUGGGGUCAUAAAAGCCCAGACUUAACAUCUAGAGGAACCAAAAUGAUCCUCAUCUUCCACCAUCUCAUGUUAUAGUUGAGAAAAAUGGCCAUCUUAUCCUUUCUCCCUCAGUGGAUGAUUCACUGGACCUCAGGUCAGGAAACCCUGAAUUCAAGUUUGCGCUCAGACGUUUACUCUGAAUCACUUGAGUGUGAGACCUCCAGGAGCCUGGGGAAGAGGCCAGAGAAGGGUAAGAAAACGGGAGAAGCCAGGACCCCAGUGGGGUCAGCACAGUCACAUCCUCAGUGAGGACGAAAGGGAUGAAGCCAGAGAAAAGGCACCGUGAAGGUCCCCGGCGGCUUCUCUGCCUCCGAAUUAUUGUCAGUUGUUGGACUGGUAAAACGGACCCGUCUGUCCACUGGGCGGAGGGCACAUCGCCAGGACUGCCUGGCCAGCCUCGUCCCUCUUCGCUGCGGAUGGAAACUGGUCUGCUCUUAGCAGCGUGUGGGCCAGGGCGUCCCGUGGUAAGCGGGCAUGGAGAGGAUUCUGGGAAAGUUAUCAAGACCAACUUUUGUCAAAUGGAACCAGCCUCUUCGUCAGGGAAGCAGAAAGCGCUGCUAGUCAGAGGAGACCCCGAGCGCUUGAGGAAGUGGGAGGAGUUCGUGAGCGUCUGGGUCCGCGAUCCUCGAAUUCAGAAGGAAGACUUCUGGCACUCCUACGUUGACUAUGAGAUAUUCAUUCACACCAACAGCAUGUGCUUCACCAUGAAGACGUCCUGCGUGCGGAGACGGUUUCGGGAAUUUGUGUGGCUCAGAGAGCGGCUUCAGAGCAACGCGCUGCUGAUACAAGUGCCUGAGCUGCCCUCCAAAACCCUGUUCUUCAACAUCAACAACCGGGAGCACGUGGACCAGCGGAGGCGGGGCCUGGAGGACUUCCUGAGGAACACCAUUGGGUCCCGGUUGCUUUAUGGAAGGUUAUGUGGCUGAUAUAAGAUAGCAGGAGGAGAAAAACUCUUCGAGGCUCUGCCUCUGCAUGCACAGAUUGAGGGAAGCGGGGCAGGCAAGACUGAGAUACCCGCCGGCUCUGGAGCCCCGGGCAAUGCCCGCUUCCUUCUCGGGUAAUUCCUCUCUGGGUUGCCUUUUCCCGCUGAUCUCACAUAAAAGAAAGGAAGCCGAUCUGGGUUUUUGGCCCGUCCUAGUACUUCAGGGCUGCCGCAGUGUUCUCUAAAGCCAGCCUAGUGCCCAGAAGAUGGAGCCGCGGGAUGCAGCUGCUUCCGAAAAAUGGCCUCAGGGGGGUUCCAGCAUCCUCCCAGCAUCCUCCCAGCAUCCUUCCUCCCGGCCCGCCCCACCUCGCCCCGCCCUACGGGCUCCCGAGGCUGCGGCAGGCUCCCUCCGCCGCCUCGCCGGGCCGUCCUGCAGGUGGCGCCAUUGAGCGGGAAAGAAGCCCCUGGCCUAAUGCAGCCAAAGUAAAGUCAAAUUGGAAAUUGAAUUAUAGCCCGGGAGAAGGGACAGUAGCCUUGAGGUUGUGCUCAGCCGGGCUCCCCGAGAGCGCGCUCGCUGGCUGCUCCCAUGUGUUAGCUUGCUCGCCAGUUAAUAACGGCGCGGAGCAGUUCAAGGCUUGGGCGAAUUGCUUUCGACAUGAAAUAAAGCCAAAAUGAAUUUGUGUCCGA